ACUAGAUCUGAAAAUAGAAAAUCAAGCUCAACUCUCUUCAGCUGGUAUGCUUAGACUAGAGCAUUCAGUACUAAAGUUACUACUGAUGAGUGAUUGUAUAAUGUGUUUGAAGCGAUUGCAUGGAACAGUAUUCUGUUAUAUUUGAUUGGUGAGUAGAGCAACCAACUAAUCUCAACUGUCCCCUCCUCCCCACACGUACACAAAACAAGGUGUCCGUACGUAACCAUCAACCGCCCACCUUCCCCCUGCCACCCUGGAGAGUAUGUGUUAUCCUACAGAGUUAGUUAUCCGGACACAGCCAAUUUUGGAGUAUUGUCCUCUCAGAGUAUCAGUGUACAACGUAGACAACUUGGCCUGGUGGUCAACCAGCAACCCCUACUCUGUAACACCACCUUUAUUCUCUACCCCUAUCCCAGUGUGAGCCUUGUGGACAUGAGCAGUGGCAGUGUUGUCGAGGAGAGAGGAUGGAGGAACAACAAUUGGACUGUCGUUGCUAGUAUCAGAACAGAUGCCGAUCGUGGCAAAGAAGUCGGGAGAUAUGAAGAAACUUACGCUGUUUUCAGAGACAUUGAGAUAAAAUCUGCUGGCGAUUACGUGCUUUUGUUUGAAGCGUAUGCCGAACCUGCAGAAGCUGAUCUAAGGUCGUCAACUGUGUACUCUGACCUCUUCACUAUUACCCAGCGUCAAAUCACAAAGUUAGAUAUCACUUAUGAUGUAGAUUUCAACACGACCAUUGGAGAUCAAAGAGAUGCAUUCAUUACUGCAUUCCUGGUCAAAUUCCGAUCUUCCUAUCCUCAAGUUGAGAUUAUUAAUGUGACCCUCACAGAAGGUAGCAUCAUUGUUGGUGUCACAGUAACAGCAGUUCAUUUUCAACGGUACAACAUUGACCCCAUUCAACGUGACUCAAGACCCAGCGUUCCCAGUGGUGAUCCCAACACUACCACCGAGCAUCCUUGAAGAGCACUUUGUACUCAUACUAGCCAUUGUGAUACCUGGUGUGGUGCUCAUUGUGUCAUUCUUAUUUAUGCUGGUCGUCUGUUGCUGUGUGUGUCAUCACAAGAAGAACAGGAAAUCACUUAAACUUGAGAACAAGGUGUCCUCACAUGAUUCAGAGGAAAAAUAUGUAUCCAACAACUGCCCACCUUCCCCCGGCUCUGUCACUGACUACUAUCUCCUCCCAGACAGAACUGGAAGAGAUGUCGACACCCAAUCCUUCGAAUCCCACGAGCUCAACUCUCUGGCCUCUACUCCAGUUAGUCAGAGGAAGACAAACGUCCUAGUCUCUGAGAGUGUGGAUGUCAAAGUCAGAGCAAAAUCUAUCAAGACUCUGGACGUGUUCUUUGCCAAUCCCAGUGCCGAGGAGGCACUAAAGGAUGAGAAGUUGGAGACACUAGAUACCAAUUUUGAUGAAGUGGUUCAUUUACCAACCACCAGCCAAAAUAUAUACUCCACCAAUACCAACGGCAGUACCAACAACAAUACUGUGGCAUAUGAGAGCAGGACUCCAUCUGCUGCCACUGUUGCCCACAGCCUGCUCCCACCCCCCUCAGCCACGCCCUCACAGUCCUCUGAGAGUACAAAGGUCAAGAAGUACGAGAGCAUGAAGGUGGAGGACAUUGAGAACUAAAUCACUGACACUUGCAAAAAAAACAUUAGUAGUGUACUCUAUUUAUUCUUGUAUGAAAAAAGCAAUGUUUUUUUGUCGU